UUGAACUAGAGCCUAAGCGCAAUGUUCUUCUCAAUUUCAGAAAUUCCAUUCAUAUUUACUUAUUUUAACAACUAAAUCGCGAGUUAAUCGUGUUUAAACUUAUGCAUUUCGCUUCAAAGUUUGCGUGCAUCAACUGCAAUUUGCAGAGUGAAGUGGGAUUCAGCCCAAAGGCUUAUCGAUGUUGUUUCUUUCCGGUUUGUUGACAAUCGCAAUUGAAAAGAUCAUUCCUAAAUUGCCUCAAUCAAUAUGCGGCCCAAGGAGCACCCGGACCUUCAUUUCGAUGUUAUCCCUAAGCUCUACGAGGCCCACUGUAAGGUGUUUAUAACCAGCCUAUGCCAUGUGCAGAAUCAGCUCAAAAUGCUGCCUCGCCGGUUUUGCCGGAUGUAUACCACCCGUCCGCUAGCCAACCAGUUGCUUCUUUACCUGAAGUCACGAAAAGCUAAUAUCAAUGAGCAGGAUUUCAAGAUGGUGGAGGAGGGGCAGCCAUUUCCGCUGGUUCUCAGCGACGGUAAGCGAUUAGAGGCGAUGCUCUGCUCUGGAAGUUAUUUGGACAACAGCCUCAUCCUGCUCAUUAGGCGGCAGCGAGGUGGAAGGCUGCUCUAUUGCUACUCCUUUAUGAGGCUGGAUAAUCUUGGUCAGCUGCUGGGCAACGCCACCUUUAACUCAUGGAUCGCCGAGGGCACCGAGAACCUAUAUCUUAACCUCUCCUCCGUUAAUAAACCGUUUGCUCAUGUGGAUUUCGAUGAGAUGGCGAAUACUAUCGAGGAAUACGGUAAGGAGAACAGGAGCGUUGUGUAUUUGAAUCUGCCGAAAUUCGGUUACGAGGAGAUGCUCUGGAGGCUGGCACACACGCAUCUCCGUGGGCAUAUACGACUGGAUAAAAAGUUUGCAGAAAGCUAUAAAUGCCUUAGUUCCGAUAUGGAGCGUUUUGAGGAAGAGGAUUGUGUUUUAAAAGUUUAUGUCUGCGGUUCUUUGAAGGGCUUGGAACUGAUCUAUCAGCCAACGCAGGUAGUCCCUAUGGAAAUAGAAAACCUGAAGUGGUCGCCGGCACCGACCAGGAUGCAUCUCCGUCAGCUAUGCAGCCUGCUGCGACCACAACACAUUCAGGGGAUUGUGAAGUUCCAUUCGGAUGGCAUUGUUCCUCCGGUUCCGACAUUUCUUAAGAUCUUCAAGGCAAACUAUUCCCCGCAGAACAAAGAGAUAGUAUCAAGGGUUCAAGGCGAACCUCCAUCAAAAGUGGCAAAAGUAGCGCCCUUUCGGGCUUUCCAAGCGAGGAAACAAUUCCAAUUUGUGGACGAUGAUGACAGUAACUCGGAUUAGAAAAUAAUUCACCUAAGUAAAUCAUUUGUCUGCUGUUUAAAUUUUGUAAAUAAAUUUCUUUAAAUUA